AUGGUUUGCACGUCAAAGUCCAAGUCCUGCAACGGAUGCGCAGAUCCCUGCGAGUCCUCGCCGGUGGAUAUUGAGGACUGCAAAGCCGAGCUCGCGGCUCUCACCAAGCGCGCCGAAGAGCUCAAGGCCAUCAUAGCAGAGGCUCCCGGCGGCCAGAUGCGCUCCACAAAAUGGUUCAACCGCAAGGGCAACAAUGCGAUGAACUCUCUGUACCUCGAACGAUUCCUGAACUACGGCCUGACCCCGGAGGAGCUUCAGUCCAACAAGCCAAUCAUCGGCAUCGCCCAGUCCGGCUCCGAUAUCGCCCCGUGUAACCGGCACCACCUCGAAAUCGCAAAGCGCGUCCGCGAGGGCAUCCGAUCUGCCGGGGGCAUUCCUAUGGAAUUCCCGACACACCCGAUCCAGGAGAGCGUGAGGAGACCGACGGCAACGCUCGAUAGGAACCUGUCCUAUCUGACCCUGGUCGAGCUGCUUUAUGCAUACCCGUUUGACGGCGUGGUCAUGCUAACCGGAUGCGACAAGACAACUCCGGCCUGCCUCAUGGCCGCCGCCACUAUCAACAUCCCUGCAAUUUGUCUCAAUGUCGGCCCCAUGCUCAAUGGCUAUAUGCAGGACGAGCUCAUGGGCUCGGGAACCGCACUGUGGAAAGCCCGGGAGCUUCACGCUGCAGGCAAGAUUGACGACACCGGCUUCACCGAGAUGGUCACCAGCGGGACGCCGUCCGUGGGCCACUGCAACACCAUGGGCACGGCAUCUACCAUGAACGCCCUCGCUGAGGCCCUCGGAAUGGCCCUGCCCGGCUCGGCAGGCAUCCCAGCUGCCUACAGGGAGCGCAUGCAGUGUGGAUACAAGACAGGCCAGCAGAUCGUCGAGAUGGUCCACGCGGACCGGAAGCCCUCCGACAUUCUGACUCGAGAGGCCUUCGAGAACGCGAUCGUCGCAAACACUGCCAUCGGAGGCAGUUCCAACGCGCCCAUCCACCUCAACGCCAUCGCUAAGCACGUCGGGGUGGAGCUUAACAACGACGACUGGGACCGCAUCGGCUUCCACAUCCCGCUGCUGGUCAACGUCAUGCCGGCGGGAGAGAUGCUGAUGGAGGAAUACCACCGCGCCGGCGGGCUCCCUGCGGUGAUGGCGGAACUGUACGAUAAAGGCAAGCUCCACACGGAUGCGCUCACGUGCAACGGCAAGACGGUGGGCGAGAAUGUCAAGGGCCAGAACUCCUGGGACAGGAGAACGAUACGAUCUUACGACCAGCCUCUCAAGAAAGACGCCGGCUUCCUUCAUCUUUCCGGAACCCUGUUCGAGUCGGCCAUCAUGAAGACCUCUGUGAUCGACGCCGUCUUCAGGAAACAGUUCCUCGAGGACCCCAACGACCCGAACGCCUUUGAGGCCAAGGCUGUCGUCUUUGACGGGCCCGAAGACUAUCACAUGCGUCUUGAGACCGCAGACAUCGACUCCAAGACAAUCCUGAUCAUGCGAGGGGCCGGCCCGUUGGGAUACCCUGGCGCCGCCGAGGUCGUUAACAUGCACGCCCCCGGCCGACUCCUCAAGCAGGGCGUGCAGUCUCUGCCUUGCAUCGGAGACGGCAGACAGUCGGGAACGUCCGGGUCGCCCUCGAUCCUCAACGCGAGUCCCGAAGCAGCGGCUGGCGGCAAUCUGGCUGUGGUGAAAGACGGUGACAAAGUCAGGGUCGACCUGAACAAGAGGCGUGUCGAUCUACUCGUCUCACCCGAGGAGAUCAAGGCGAGAAGGGAGGCUCUCGAGGCCAGUGGCGGGUACCCAGUGCCGCCGAGCCACACUCCCUGGCAGGAGAUUUUCCGGCGGGAGACUGGACAGCUGGCGGACGGUAUGGUUCUGAAACGCGCGGUGAAGUAUCAACGGGUGGCUCAGAAAUACCCUUCACCGAGGGACAACCACUAG